AUGAAGUUCUUCAUCCCUAUCUUUUUGGGCGUCUUUGCCUUCUUUUCGAUGAAGGUAGACGCUAACGGUGUGUGCUAUGAUCCGAACCACGCGGACGUCGUGAAUUAUUCGACCGUGCAGGCCGACAUGAAGCUCAUCCUUAACGCCGGCUUCGAUAGCGUGCGCACGUACAUUGCCAAGUUCGGCAACACGGAAUUGGGUCCUAUCAUCGCGGCCGCCGGACUAAAGGCCGUCCUGGGUGUGCCGUACCCUCAAGACGGCUAUCAAGAGCAGAUGGAGGCCGCUAUUAAGGCAGCCAAUGCCGGUGGCGUCUCGGCCAUUAUGGUUGGCAACGAGAACCUGGCGAAUGCCAAUAGCGUCCCACGCGACAUGAUCGAUAUCAUCAAUCAGAUCAAGGCCCGCGCGUCCGUCAGAGUCGGCACCGUCCAGCGCAACACGGAGGUGAUCAACUGGCAGAGUGUCUCAGGCUGGACCGAACUGGUCGCUGCCUGUGACGUCCUGGGUGUGAACGUGCAACCGGUUUUCUCUCCCGGCAUGACCGCUGAAAGCGCUAUCAACCUCGUUAAGGAGGAGUGGCAGAUCAUGUAUAGCCAGUUUGGUGACAAGCUGAGAUUGAUGGAGACGGGUUGGCCCUCUAGUGGCUUCGUAAGCGGCAAUGUUUGCAGUAUCUCGGGCGAGUUAAACUUCUACAACGCCUAUAAGCAAUGGAUCAGCUCCGUGAACGAGAGCUAUUACUUCCAGAUGUUCGACACGCCCUACAAAACCAAGCUUUUUGAGCAAUCCUUCGGCCUGUACACUUCUGCUGGGAUGCUUAAGCAAGCAACGUCGUAG